CCGCCGGGAAAUGAAUAGAAAAACCGGCUAACAAAUGAAAAAUUGUAAGAAACAAAAAAAAAAAGAGAGUCUUGUCUGAAAGUGGAGAAACUUAAUACAAUGGAAAUCGAAGGCGAAGACGGCACGAAGCUCCUCAUCCUGAAGCCUGGAGAUAAAACCGUCUUCGGAAGAGGAGGAGCGGCGGGAUUCACCACCGACGACCUCACAGUCUCCCGCCGCCACGUCUCUCUCGAGCUAAAACCCCUCCUCGCCGGCGACGGAACCGAUUCCGAUAGGGUUUCGUUCGAGGUUCUCGGGAGAAACCCGGUUUGGGUGCGGAGACGUGAACCGGGCGAAAAGAUUCGAACUUUCCGGAGAUCCGAGACGGGAGAGAUCGCCGCCGGCGAUAGGUUCUGCGUAUCGGGUCAACUCCCUGUUUGGUUCACUUUGAAGAGUCGCGACGAAGCUACAGAGGAGAGAGAUUCGGUUAGUGAAAGUGGGUUGGAUUGUAUCGAUAUCGAUCCUGUUAAAGAGUUUGGUUUUCUUGUGAUUGGGAAAGAGUUUGAUCAGUAUCCAAAGAGUCGGAUUCGAGACAUCAAGCAGUGGGAAUGGUUCCUUGAGGAUUCCACCAAAGGAAAUAGCGAUGAUGAGGAUGAUGAUGAUGGAGAUAAGAAGGGAUUAAGCAAAAAGAGAAGAAGAGGAAGAGGAAAGAAAGGGAAUGAGGAGGAGGAUGAUUGGAGUGCGGAAAGUGAGGAAGAGAAGGACUUGUUGGUGAAAUCGAAAAGAGUUGUGACUCCAACUUACUCUACUAGAUCCAAGAAGACUAAGAAAGAUGUAAAUGCAAGUAGCAGCAGCAGUAGUAGUCAUGCUCAAACUAAACAGCGUGGAAGAGUAGAUAUCGACGAGGAAGAUGAUGAUGAUGAUGAUGAAACAUUGGGAGGUUUCAUUGUUAGUGAUGAAGAAGCUGAGUUAGAAGAAGAGGACGAGCCAAAUACAGAUGAUGACGAAGAAUUAGUAGAAGAAGAUGAAGAUGAGGAUUAAAUAGCUGGAAUCAUCCUGAAUACGUUUUAACUGCACUUGACAUGUUACCAAAGCUAAUCUUUUUUUUUUUAAACUAGAAUUACAAUCUUUUGUUCAUUUGUAUGAAUAUGUGUCAUGUGUGUGCGUGUGAGAUGUUUGUUCUUAUAAUAAUUUUCUUUUUACA